UCUCUUUUCUCAUCUUGUAAAUUAAGGAGAAAGUUUUAUCUUAAUGACAUGCACAAGCCUGGUGAUGUGGUUUUGGGUGGGCUGUUUGAGGUCCAUUACACCUCUGUCUUCCCUAAACUGUCAUUCACCUCAGAGCCAAAUCAGCUCAGCUGCCAAGGCUUUGACACUGCAGGGUUCAGGCAUGCCAUGACCAUGGCCUUUGCCAUUGAUGAGAUCAAUAAAAACCCCAAUCUACUACCUAAUGUGACUCUGGGAUACAGUCUUUAUGACAACUGUGCCACACUUGUAAUUGGAUUCAGUGCUGCAUUGUUGCUGGCCAGUGGUCAAGAGGAGCAAUUUCUUCUUCAGGAGGAAUGUUUGGGGACCCCCCCAGUCCUGGGGAUUGUCGGUGAUUCCUUCUCAACAUUUUCUAUCGCCACCUCUGAUGUGUUAGGUUUAUUCAAUCUACCCAUUGUGAGUUAUUAUGCCACGUGCUCCUGCCUGAGUGAUAGGCAAAGGUUUCCAUCCUUCUUCAGAACGAUCCCAAGUGAUGCUUUUCAGGUGCGUGCUAUGAUUAAGAUUCUUAAACGCUUUGGCUGGACUUGGGCUGGUCUGCUGGUCAGUGACGAUGACUAUGGACUUCAUGUUUCCCAAACCUUCCAAUCAGACUUGGCUCAGUCUGGUGGAGGUUGUCUAGCUUACUCAGAGAUUUUACCCUGGGGAGAAAACCCUGCUGAACUAAAGAGGAUUGUGGAAAUAAUGAAGAGAUCGACAGCUCGUGUGGUCAUUGUGUUUGCGCAUCAGAUCCACAUGAUUCAACUCAUGGAAGAGGUCAUGCAGUUUUGGGAAUACACAUUUGAUUGUAGAUUUGCACCACCUCCAGCAGGUUGGGUGGAGGCUGGGGGAGAAGUAUGCACUGGACAGGAAGAUCUAGAGAGUCUGGGGACUGAGUUCUUGGAUGUUUCUGAUCUCAGGCCUGAGUACAAUAUCUACAAGGCGGUGUAUGCUCUAGCAUAUGCCCUUGAUGACAUGCUGCAGUGCGAGCCAGGAAGAGGGCCUUUCAGCGGACACAGCUGUGCCACUUUGCAAAUACUGAAGCCAUGGCAGCUGAUCCAUUACUUGGAGAAGGUCAACUUCACCACAUCAUUUGGUGAUCAAGUUUCCUUUGAUGAAAAUGGUGAUGCCUUACCAAUAUAUGAUGUGAUGAACUGGCUGUGGCUCCCCGAUGGAAGAACUAAAGUUCAUAGUGUGGGGCUUGUUAAGAAGUUGGCCUCCAAAGGUGAAGAACUCACACUUGAUGAAGAGAAAAUCUUCUGGAACUUUGACUCCAAACAGUCACCCCUGUCAGUGUGCAGUGAGAGCUGUCCUCCAGGUACCCGCAUGGCCAGAAAAAAGGGACAGCCUUUUUGCUGUUUCGACUGUGUACCAUGCUCUGAGGGAAAGUUCAGCAAUGACACAGACUCCAUGGAGUGCACCAGUUGUCCAGAGGACUUCUGGUCCAAUGUCCAGCGUGACCACUGCAUUCCUAAGAAAACAGAGUUUCUCUCCUACCAUGAGCCUCUGGGUAUAUGCUUGACGACAACGUCAUUGUUGGGAACAUUUAUCUGUGCUGUUGUCCUGGGAAUUUUCACCUAUCAUCGCAGUACACCCAUGGUACGCGCCAACAAUUCAGAACUAAGUUUCUUGCUCUUGCUGUCACUUAAAUCCUGUUUUCUGUGUUCACUGCUGUUUAUCGGCCGUCCCAGUCUGUGGACAUGCCAACUGAGACAUGCAGCAUUUGGGAUCAGCUUUGUGCUUUGUGUCUCAUGUAUUCUGGUAAAAACCAUAGUGGUUCUGGCUGUGUUCAAGGCCUCCAAGCCAGGAGGAGGAGCCAGUCUGAAGUGGUUUGGUGCUGUGCAGCAAAGAGGAACAGUUCUGGUUCUGACUUCUAUUCAGGCAGCAAUCUGCACUGCUUGGAUUGUCUCUGCCUCACCAGCUCCCCAUAAAAACACUCAAUACCACAAUGACAAGAUAGUUUAUGAGUGUGUUGUUGGGUCUACUGUUGGUUUUGCAGUGUUACUAAGCUAUGUUGGCUUCCUGGCUAUCCUCAGCUUCCUGUUAGCAUUUCUAGCAAGGAAUCUUCCAGACAACUUCAAUGAGGCCAAACUCAUCACUUUCAGCAUGCUGAUCUUCUGUGCUGUGUGGGUGGCCUUUGUCCCUGCUUAUGUCAACUCUCCAGGAAAAUAUUCAGAUGCAGUAGAAGUAUUUGCCAUCCUGGCCUCCAGUUUUGGUCUCUUGUUGGCACUGUUUGGACCCAAAUGUUACAUAAUCCUGCUAAGACCAGAGAGGAACACAAAGAAAGCAAUAAUGGGCCGCAGCAUCACCAAGACAUAA